AUGAAUAAUAACAAUAAUAAUACUCCAUUGUCAAAUCGGACUGAUGGUACCGAUUCAGGAUCAAUUAUUUCCUCGAUUUAUUCUUCUAACAGUAUAUCCUCUUCAACAACAUCAAAUAAUUCUUUAACGAAUCGAUCAUUUUCACAACAAACUCCAAUAACAAUGGAUUCUGAUAUGGAUUCAUCUUUAAUCAAUAAUACAUGUGCACAACAAAUUGAUCAGCGUCGACAAAUUAUUCAUCAUCUUGCUCUUUUACUUCAUGCACAUAAAUGUCUUCAACGUGAACGACAAACAGUUAAUAAUGGUGAUAUUCAUGACACAGCACAUCAAAAUAUUUGUACUGUACCACAUUGUACAACAAUGCGUACUGUACUUCAACAUAUGACAAAAUGUGCUGAUUUUAAAAAUUGUUCUUUUAACAAUUGUGUUCAAUCUCGUCAUAUAAUUCUUCAUUGGAAGAAUUGUGCAACACCCAAUUGUUUUCUAUGUGGUUCCUUAAAAAAACCAUCUACAUUUCGAUCACAAAAUCCAUCAACAAAAGAGUGGCAACAAAGUAUAAAUCAAGAUCAUCGAAGUCAUUUAGUAAAAAAAAUUACUUCAGCUUUACUGACAACAAUUCAACAAGAUAAUAAUCAUCCAUUAUCACCAGAUCGUUUAGCUCUCAUAACAAAUUAUGCUCAAAAAACCGAAGCUGAUACAUAUAAUACAGCUAUAAGUCAUGAAGAUUAUUUUCAACGUUUAGCUGAACGAAUUUAUAAAAUUCAAAAAGAUUAUGAAGAAAAACAAAUGUUAAAAAAACAACAAACAUUAACAACAACAUUAUCAUCAAUUGAUAAAUCAGCUGGUGAACAAGGUCCACCAAACCGUAUUGCACCACAAAUUGAUUAUUCAACAUCAUUUUCAACAACACAAAUUAAAUCCGAGUCAGAUAAUAAUAACUAUCAUUCAAAUUCAACAACAACAUUAUCAGGACCUUUUGAUCAACAUCGUAUUUCAACCGAUGGCAUCAGUCGAUUGGCUAUUCAUAGUAAUAAUUCAAAUGUACAUGCAGAUACAAAUGAAAGUCAUAUUGAUACAACACGUAUUAAAGUUGAAGAAACUCCAUCUAAUCAUGAUACGAAAAUUCAAUCAACAACUAUUGUUAAAAAAGACGAAAAAAUCACGACUGAAACCUCAAUCAAUGGUAAUAGUUUUACAAAAAUAACAGUUGAAAUGAUAUCAAAUGAAAAAUCUGAUAUUGAAUCAACAAAAUCAAAUCGACCACCACCGAUUGAUGCUACAAGUAAAUCGUUGCCGAAACAUCCAGCAAUUUUUUCUCCUGAAGAUAUUCGAGAAAAAAUGACACCUAUACUACGUAAUAUGUUUGAUCAAGAAGAAGGUAUUUGGUUUCGUCAACCAGUUACAGAAACUAUUGCACCUGGUUAUUUUGAUAUAAUUAAAUAUCCAAUGGACUUUUCUACUAUAUCUAAAAAAUUAAAUGAAAAUCAAUAUACAACACCAUUUGAAUUUUGUGAAGAUAUUUGGCUUGUUUUUAAUAAUGCAUGGACAUUUAAUAAAAAAUCUCAUCGUGUUUAUAAAGCUGGUGUUAAACUUUCGGAUAUAUUUAUGGAAAACGUUGAUCCAAUAAUGAAAGACUAUGGUUAUUGUUGUGGACGUCAAUAUGUAUUUUUACCACCUGCCAUGUUUUGUUAUGGUGUUAGUGGUAUUUGUUGUACAAUACCACGUGAUGGAGAUUAUUUUGUUUAUAAUAAUCCUGAUUCGUCAAAAAAUAAUUUAUCGGGUGAUAAAUAUACAUUUUGUAAAAAAUGUUUUGAUUCUGUUAAAUCUGAUUAUAUAUUCGUUGGUGACGAUCCAGCACAAACAUUAGUUGAAUUACCUAAAACCGAAUUUCAACAAGCUAAAAAUGAUCAUCAAGAACAAGAAGCUUUUGUUAAUUGUAUUGUUUGUUCAAGACGUUUUCAUAAUAUAUGUGUACUUUAUCAUGAACAUAUAUGGCCAGAAGGUUAUGUUUGUAAAUUAUGUGUACAACAACAUAAUAUUAAACGAAAGGAAAAUCGUUAUUUAGCACAUAAAUUAACAAUGACCGAUUUAGCUAUUGCAUUAGAAAAACGCGUUAAUGAUUUUCUUCGAAAAGAAUGUGAUCCGACUACGGGACGUGUAACAAUACGAGUUUUAGCUGCAAGCGAUCGAGUAUGUGAAGUUAAACCAAGAUUAAAGAAGCAUUUUGGGUCACAAAUACCUGAUGGCUAUCCAUAUAGAACCAAAGCUAUAUUUGCAUUUCAAGAAAUUGAUGGUAUGGAUGUAGUUCUUUUUGGUAUGCAUGUACAAGAAUAUGAUGGUCGGUGUUCAGCACCAAAUACAAGGUAA